GUUGUAGUAAUUGCGGGAGCUUUUGCGUAGGUGGGUGCCAGGCGUCGUUAGUCGUCCGCGGACUGUCUCGGAGUUCGGUUAGCAGGCGUUUAUAAAAUUUAUUGCCGAUUUUUCUGAGAGUUAAGUUCGUAACCUUUGAAUUUUACGCAUUUUUGUAUGUAACUAAAAAUAAUUGUGCUUGAUAUUUGUGUUUGUUGAUCGCAAAUUAGACUAUUAUUACUAUACUCUGAAUUAAGUUAACCAAACGAACACCUGUACGCGUCAGUCUAAAGACUGGACAUGUUUAUUUGUUUUUUAAUCGUACAAAUAAUUUGUCACGAUUCCUAAAACACGCCAAAAAACACCAAGAUGUGUCCGGAAACGAAGAGAUAAAAGAUAUAAAAAGGAUAAGAGUUCUACAAUGUUUUCAUUGGCUGAGGGAUGUGGAUGUGUGAGCUUUCGUGGAGGACGACGCACGCGCUCCAUGGGAGAUGACUCUUCCUCGUGCCGGAGUUCUGAAAUAGAGCAAGAAGUACCAAAGAAAAUAAGUAAAAGAUUGCUUAACGGCGAAUGCACGAUGAAGGCUUUUGCACCGUUUUUAAAGUUUUGGAAAAGAGACGACGUCAGCAUGACCAAGGCCGAAAGAACCAUGAAAGCUGCCAUACUGAUACAGCAAUGGUAUCGGCGCUACUUGGCCCGGAUGGAGGUGCGCAGACGUUACACUUGGACGAUUUUCCAAAGCAUCGAAUACGCCGGCGAACAGGAUCAAGUUAAAUUGUACAACUUCUUUAACGCGCUGUUGAGCCACAUGAGAGAAACGAGUGGAAGGCCAUCCUCUGAGAGGACAUCUCGAACGGCAUCUGUCAUGGAGCAGGUUUUUUCUGAAGAGUCUGACGAAGGUGGAGGAGUGGACGAGACAGCUCCACCGAAACAUUCACGAGCUCCGGAUUUGGAGUUCCCUUUACAGAGAAAAGAUAUAGACCUGCUUAUUGAGGCAUUCAGAAAGAAAAAACAUAGAUUACAUCCAAAACAAGUGGCACAGAUAUUAAAGGAGGCCUCACAAAUGUUAAAAAGGUUACCCAACAUAAAUGUGGCAACCACGUCAAUAUCCAGUCAGAUCACUAUCUGCGGAGACCUGCAUGGCAAGUUAGACGAUCUACUAGUUAUAUUCCAUAAGAAUGGACUACCUUCUCCUGAAAAUCCAUACAUAUUCAAUGGCGACUUUGUGGAUCGGGGAAAGAAGGGGUUGGAAGUAUUUCUCCUGCUACUCGCGUGCAUGCUGGCAUUUCCGGGAGGAGUGUAUUUAAAUCGAGGCAACCACGAAGAUCUUAUUAUGAAUUCCAGGUACGGUUUCAUUAGAGAAGUUCAUCAAAAGUACAGGCACAACGCAGAGCGUUUGUUAAAAUUGAUCGAGAAUGUCUACCGCUGGCUCCCUUUGGGUACCAUCAUCAAUAAUCGAGUGUUCGUGGUCCAUGGCGGUAUCUCUGAUACCACAGAUUUGGACAUGGUGCGAAGUCUGGAAAGGGAUAAGUAUGUAUCUCUCCUCCGACCACCGGUGAAUGAAGGCGCCACCCCGGCUGAAGUAAUUGAUAAGGUGGAGUGGAAGCAGGUAUUUGACAUACUUUGGUCGGAUCCUCAAAGUAUCGGGGGCUGUGUCGCCAAUGCCCUGCGUGGUGCUGGGACAUACUUUGGCCCUGACGUAACUUCUACUUUCUUGAGUAAGAACAAGCUGAGCUUCAUCGUCAGAAGUCACGAAUGCAAGCCUGGAGGUUACGAGAUACUACAUAAUGGAAAUGUGAUUACGAUAUUUUCUGCAUCCAACUACUAUGAGCUUGGAUCCAACAAAGGGGCCUACUUGAAGCUAUGCGGAAAUUCCCUGGAUAGACAGUUUGUGCAGUACACUGCUGCGGUAUCUCGUACCCGUCGCCUCACCUUCCGCCAGCGAGUGGGAUUGGUGGAAUCGUCAGCGAUGAGGGAACUGCAUAACCACAUCAUGACUGCAAGAAGGACACUAGAAGCAACUUUUAGAAGUAUGGACAUCGAUCAAAGUGGCUUCAUCUCAAUAAGCGAUUGGUGUUAUGCCAUGGAGGAGACGACGCACCUCGGCCUCCCGUGGCGUAUGCUCAAGGACAAGCUUGUGCGCGCCGACCCUGAAACGCGCCGCGUGCGCUACAUGGACACCUUUGAAGUACCCACCAAUAAAGUUGGUCGUAAGUCCGACACUCAAACCGUCGUUGAAACACUCUACAAAAAUAAAAGGAGCUUGGAGGCUAUAUUUAAAAUUCUCGACAAGGAUAAUUCAGGCUAUAUAACGCUUGAAGAAUUUUCGGAAGCUUGUCAAUUGCUGGGAAAAUAUAUGCCGAAUCCUAUGACACAGGAACAGCUGGUAGAUAUAUGUCGCUUGAUGGAUAUCAAUAAAGAUGGCCUCGUCGACCUCAACGAAUUCCUCGAGAGCUUCAGACUCGCAGAGAAAAGUCUGCACGAGGAGGAGCACACAUUAGCAGAGCUCCAGGCCACCUGA